AUGUCCUUGCCGCCGCGAUUGUCAUCGUGCUCCCUUGUGCACACCGUGAGCCUUUCAGCGUUCUUUGAGGAUGGAUUCAGACUGGCGUCAUCUUCCUCGCCGUGCUUGUCGCGGCACCACACCGGCGACGCAGGCCAAUGUUGCACCACUGCAGAGGAAAGGAAUGUGCCGAGCCCGUGUGGAGGGCCAGCGGAAUACAGAGCUGGAGAAAAGCGUAUCCGGCUGUCUUUGAGUUGCACGAGCACCCAAGAUAUCACACCAAGCAGCGAGGGCAAAAUGGAGUCGGCGGAUCUUCUCUCUGGAGAUGGGGCUGAAGAAGGCAAGCUGCUGCCAUUUCAUAAGGACGAUGCUUCUCUCCUUCUCGAGCCUGCCGCCGCCUCGCUCGUUCGCUUGGGACCGAGUGGGUCGUGGUUGGGUUCACCCCCUCGCAGCGUGCCGGAGAAGUGCGAUGGCGUUCCAGGCGAAGAGCAGAGAUGGACCUCGUCGCUUCCGAAGGGAGGGAACGAAACGGCAAACUCCGCUGAACUUGCCUCAUUGCUGCAUACGGCGCUUCUGGAGUGCUACAGGGAAGAGGAUGAGUUGCUGAAAAGGGGACGGGAAGUGGCGGUGAGCAAGAAGGAAACGCGUCACUGCGCACCAAAACUGGUGACAGAAGAAAAGAUGGAGAGGGCGGAGAUGAGGCACCGCCCAUCCCCGUCAAAUUCGUCGUCGUCGUCUGGUACAUUUGAAAGAAUGGUGGAUUACAUUCAUGCACAGAAGCGUAGGCGCCUAGAGCAAUCGGAGAGACUGGAGAUUCAGGUGCGGGAUAUUGCACGGGUGAAGGAGCUGCCAGUUCUUGUGGAGGAUGCCGUCCGAUACGCGCAGCAACUGUUUGAGUGGAGUUGCAAAUGUGGCGGCAACGAUAAGGGUGCCUUUCUCGCAGAAGCAGGUGCGGUGCAUUCUGACGAAUCAACGUUGGAUGAUACGUGCUCCCCUUCCGGCACAACGCCGGUAUUUGCAGGGUCCACUGCAAGUGACAACAGGGAGGCCAAUAAUAUGUUAUAUGCCAAGUUUCCACCACCGCUCUUUCGUACCUCAUCCUUUGCAGCCGCUGUAGGACGACUCCUGCGGUGGGUAAGAACAUGGCAACGGGCAAUGCCAGGAGGGGUCAGUGUGACGGAAUCCAUUCCCACUAAGGCCGGGGAUAAAACACAACGUAACGGGAGUACGAAGGGAGCGGCGUCAAGAAAAAUGUCCACGAAGGCCGUGUUGAAGCUGAGUUCAGCAUCAUGUCAACAGCGGGAAAGGCAUGUUCGCCAACUGGAAACAAGAGAAAACAGCGGUUCUCUCAAUGAUGAUGGUGGUGAGAGGGAAGAAGAGGAUGAUGGCCGUGUAGCUAUGGCUUCGAACAGGAAGAAAGAAGAAGGGCAUAAACAUAAACGUACAGCUCUUCAAGGUUACCGGGAUGAUUGGAUCUGUAUGGCAGAUCAAAUGCUUGGAAACAGCAAUCGACACAUCACGCCGAGCCCUUUCAGAAGUGGGUCUCCUUUUGAGUCAAUAGAGGAGAAGGAAUAUGGCUUGGCUACUGAUCGUGUCAUUUACGAUGAAUAUGGUAACCGUUUACGCAGUGUGCGCCUGGCAAAAAAGAUGGCUGAGGAACGUGCACUGUAUGAAGAGGCUCAAAAGGCGCGGGAGCAGCGACGUGGGUACUUUGCUCGUGCUGAGGAAGAAACCCGUUCUACCCGUCGAGCUCUUUUUGAUGAAGUGAUUGACAGUGGAAGUGACGAGAUGAGCGAGGAUUCAAAUGAAGAUGUGACCAACAUCGCAGUUCUGCAUGGGCCAUGUGGUGUGGGAAAGACGGCGAUUGUUUACCUUGUGGCAGAGAUACUCGGUUACCGUGUGGUUGAGAUGAAUACCUCCGUACGGCGCUGCCCAAAGAACAUUGAUCGCCUAUUCUCGGAGGUAACACGAAGUCGGCGGCUCAGUGGCCUUGCUGCCGGAAAGGCAAUGGUCAGCAUUGAGGAGGAGUUAAAGAAGUUGAAGUCCGAGCACGCUGCUGCCCUUGCCGCGGUAUCUGCAACAGCCUCUGAAAUAAGUGAGACGACGAGUUUGAAGAAAAAGAAGAAGAAGAAGAAUGUCAUCUCUGCUAAAGCGGUGGCCGCUUUCUUUCGACCACGUGCAAGGGCAAAGUCCUCAGAGGUGAUUCUUGUUGACGGAAGCCCCACAGUUUCCGCAACGGUGCCGCCGCAUGAUAAGCAGGUGCUGAAUCACGCUGAGGAUUGCAAGUAUGGAAAACGUGAUGGGGAAGCAAGUGUGACGGUGGAGCCAAUGUUUGGGGGCCACGAAGGCACCACUCGUACACUUUUAUUAUUUGAGGAUGCAGACGUUAUUCUUGGUGAUGAAACGAUGAAAUCGUUCUACACCGCUGUUCGUGAUUUGGCGCAGCGCAGCAAAGUUCCUAUUAUUGUGACAAUUUCCUCCUCUGCCUCCUCCAGCAGCAGCAGCCCUACAACGACCACAAUGCAGGAGCCUGAAGCUGUCCAGAUUGUGCCACUGGAUGCGGCGCAGGUAUCGCAUUUCUUUGGAAAACGAACCCCAUUCACUGCUAUUGAGCCGAUGUCUCGUGCUGCCCUCUUCGCACAGUUGCUUGUGGUGGCGGCAGUGGAACGGGGACUUGUUAUGGUGCAGGGUGGGGCUGCUCCCCACAGGGAAGAAAAAGAUGAAGUCGGAAGCAGCUUAAACCACAAGAAAAGGAGAACGGAGGAGCCCAUGCUUCCAAGUACUCCUCUGGAACUGGUUAUGGUAAAAGAUGUGACGAAAUUUCGGCAGCUUGCCGAUGCUAUACGGUCGGAGGUGUACAAUGACGACUUGGAGACGCCAUCCCUUCCUCUCAAUGAUCCUGCAGAUGUACGGUUGUGGCUUAAUCGCCUGCAGUACCUUCUGUUGGUGGAGCAAUGGCCGGCGUCAGCGACAUCAAUGGGCUCUCGUCAUGAUGAAUGUAUUUUUGGCGGGACGCGCAUUCUCCCCAGAAAAACUGACGCAUGUUCUAAUGCUAUGCAGUUUGCUGGUGUCAAAAGUCACUGGGAUACACAGCUGGGUCGUGUACUUCGGGCACCAGAGUAUGAACGGCCGGCAGUCUCCUCCAUUUGGGAGUGGCAGGAAUUUCAAUACGCAGAAGAAAUUGCCGCUGAUAUUAAUGCCAAUUAUAAGUGCAGUGAUGGUUUUAUUUGGGAGACCCGCGGCAGCAACAACAGCAACGGUAGUGUGCUUUUAACAACCCCCCAAGUCGAAGUCCCAAUUGCGGUGGAGUUGGCGGAGGUUCUUCAAGGGGUUUUCCCCAAUGAUGUUUUUUGCCAGCAAAAAUGCAAAGGAGGAGUCGAAUCUGUCGAUGGAGUGCGUAGAAGGUGCACGACAACGACAAGGGAGCGCAUAGAUGCAUUUGGUGCUUGGUGGCGCCGCACAAAAAAGAAAGAUGCUGUAAAGUUCCAUGUUGCCGCACGUAGCGCGACUGCCUAUGAAGAUCUCAUUGGUUUCAGCUGCCUGCUGCAACAGGCUUCCCCUGUGGGGAAAGGAAUCAGUGGAUAA